UAUUGAUAUCCACUUGACAUCGAAAUACAAACAUAAAAGAAGCCUUUAUCCCUUCAAGGUCUUAACUCUCUACUUGUUAUUGUUGACCACACUUCAUCCAACAGCAUUAAGGAUGAUAUAUCCAGUACAAAAUGCAAAACAAAAACAAAUCGAAAGCUAUCGAUAUAUUGCUAAGCUUAUAAAUACAGUCAACUUGUUUCAAGAGGUAUUGUUGCGGAGACCGGUGAAUAAGAGCAGUCAUUGAUCGGAAAAGUAACGAAGCUGAGAGUGAAACUAAUAAUUUAUAAAUAAUCGUGAAAGCAAAUUAUUUUGGAUAGAAAGCAACGACAAUAUAAGACUCCAAGUUUGCGAACGUAUUUGAGAAAAGCGAAAUAACCUGCGGGCAAAUUCUAGAGUCAGAGGGAAAGAAAGUUCAAGUUGUACAUCUAUCUUAAUAAGAGAGCAAAAAAUCUGAAGAUAUUGUUUUAAGGAGAUAUCAUCUUCUUGAAGCUUGAACUGUGAAAUAUCCUAAGUUUCUUCUCAAAUUGUCGGAACGAAGAGAAUAGAAAGGAAUAAAAGAAAUCCUGCUUAUCGAAACUAGAAAAAAAGAAAUAUUAAAAGGCAGAAGACCCCGAUUUUCCAGUGAGUCACGUCUUGUUGUUCGAUUUUGCAACUAAAAGGGAAGUUUACUUAACAAACUCUGUAACAGUCAUGAACCUGAAAGGAAUGGAAACAUCAAUUCAAUAUCAUUUGAUUCUCCUAUUGCUGCCAUAUUUGACGCUUGUAUUUUCCGUAACUCCUGUAAUUGGACAAUCAACGUAUAGAGAAAGCCAAUUCAGAAAACUCACAACAAAAUGCUUAACUGAUCAGAAUAAAACUACAGAAAAAGCGUCAUCUCGUUUAGAAUGUUCAAUUCUGUGUAUUUCACGCGAUGAGUGUGAAUAUUUUACCUAUUGUAAUGGCCGAUGUUAUAUGCACCGAUUGUUCCACGACAAAUACAUCGAAGAUUAUGAUUGCAACUGUUCAUCGUAUAUUUCGGCCAAGGGAAACGAUAAAGGCUGGCAGAAAGUAUUUGAAGUAACCGAAAACUCAUUUACAAGAAAUCUUAUUUAUUUAUACUGGGACAAAUUUCCUAUUGAAAAGGUGGAAUUUCGGUUGAAAAGAUCAAUUGAUUACGUAAUAACUUUCAAUGGAAUAGGGACAAAUUCCACAUCGUGGUUCCAGAAAGAUAAAAUCAUUUCUGAGUCUCAUCCGACUUGGUAUCCAGUGCAAUUUAUUUUCCAUGAGAAUUUCAGUAACCUGAGCAUUAAGAUCGUGUAUGCUAACAAUCGUUGGACAGACGUCAAAAGAAAAAGUGGAAAUGAGGAAAAAUACGAUUUUUCUCACAAAGAUGAAGUCGGGAGUAAGUAAAACAUAUCCUCGGACCUUUUCG